UUUUUUGUUCCGGUUAUCGUUAUCCGGCUCUGGCAGCACUGUCAACCGAAUUUGCUACUUGGGAGCUGUCUGCCAAUUCGACAGGUACACGUCGUCUUUGGCGUUCCGUUAUAUUUGUAGCCGGGAAGGAAUCUGAAAUCCGUGACGAUACCAAAUCACAUUUGGCCACGGUUCGUUUCCACUUUCUCAGCUGCCCCUUAAACAUUGCACGAUCGGGAUCGCAUACGGGAGUUGUGCCGUGCUCAGAAGGAAGUGGGACACGUACAAGAGACGCGAGCAAAAGCGCACCGGGUCUACUACAGGAUACCCUUUGCGGAAAGACGAGAUCACAGAAGAGGCUAGCCGUAUCAUAUAAUUAAGGAACCAAACAUCCACCCCCCAAUCUACUCACACGGGAUGGCGGAACGUAGUAGCCUUUUAAAUGGCCGAUUAGUGGUGCUGGGCACAGUUGGUCUGAUAUUGUUCCUGCUUCCAGCGGCCAUCGCCCUGAAGGAAGGAGAAUGUGAGGUCUGCGUGAAGACGGUAAACACGUUCGUGGAAACACUCUCGGACGAGACGAAAAAGGACACCAAACGGAUAGAGGACGAGUUCCGGGGCUUUUGUAAAAAGGCCAAAAACAAGGAGCAGCGUUUCUGCUACUACCUGGGUGGGGUGGAAGAUUCUGCUACCGGUAUUUUGGGUGAGCUAUCGAAACCAAUCAGUUGGUCGAUGCCGGCCGAAAAAAUCUGCGAAAAGCUGAAGAAGAAGGACGCACAAAUCUGUGAUUUACGAUACGAUAAACAAAUCGACCUCACGACGGUCGAUCUGAAGAAGCUGAAGGUGCGCGAUCUCAAGAAGAUUCUUUCCGACUGGGACGAGGAAUGUGACGGGUGCCUGGAAAAGACUGAUUUCAUCAAGCGCAUCGAGGAGCUGAAGCACAAGUACGUGAAAACGGAACUGUAACAACGUCACCGUUUGCCACGAUGGAUCUCGGGUUUGCUCAUCAUCCGUUGCCUACGCCGUUGCUACCGUCUACUACCACUACUACAACCGUCGUCAUCAUGCUCCAUCAGCAACGCCUACUAUAAGUUUGGCAAGGGCGAUUCACAUCGCUGGAAUGGGUAUUUAUUUGUGUGUGUUUUUUUUAAAUCGUCGCCACCACUGUCUUCUUCGGAGGUGUGAACCCCAGAUACCGGGGGGUUGAUGUAAUUUCUCGACCCACAAAAGCGCCCACCGCACUAUCGUUGGCAGCGUUCUAUGGUGGAUACGCAGAACGGAGGACGGAAGGGCAUUAUUAAAAGGGAAAAGGCAAUUCUCUUAAGCAACAGCAAGUAAAUGUAUAGAACAAGACACACUUGGAGCUAUCCACGAAAGCGUAGUACGUAUGUUCGGAUUGUGAAGAAGAAAAAAAGUGAAAAUAAACCGUUCUAAAUGAAUUAAA